AUGACGAGCAGCACUACAGCCACCAUCGGUCUAGCGGAACAGCCUCAGACAGUUUCUGGGACCGACGACUUGACCGAAUCCAGACAAAACCCACCUGACCAGACAACCAGCCCUAACAGUCCCCAGGGUUCUCUCCACGCAGAUGAUAGGUCAGACAAGAAACCACUAUGGCGACUCAUUCUGACUACAGUGGCUUUAUUGACUGGGGUCUUUCUUGUUGCUCUGGAUGUUAACAUUCUUGCUACGGCGACACCGAAAAUCACGACCGAGUUUCACACCCUCGAAGACGCGGCCUGGUACACCACGUCGUAUAAUCUGGCGAAGCUGGCCACUCAGCCAGCUUUUGGCCGUUUGUAUACAUCUUUCUCCCUCAAAUGGACAUUUUGUUGGAGUAUUGUGGUAUUCACUAUUGGCUCCAUCAUCUGUGCCGUCGCACCAAACUCGACCGUCCUCAUAUUUGGAAGAGCUAUUCAGGGUUGUUCCACUGCGGGAGUGUUCACCGGCGGUCUGGUUAUGGCUGGCUAUGUGGUCUCUAAACAGAAAGUUCCGCUAUUCAUCUCCUUCAUCUCUACCAUGUUCAUGGUGGCUUCUAUAGUAGGCCCAGUUCUAGGAGGGGUUUUCACCGAAAGCAGCUUGACCUGGAGGUUUUGUUUCUGGAUCAAUGUUCAUCAGUUUAUGGCAAGCAUCGGCUUUGGCUUCAGUGUCCAGGUGCCAUUAACAGCCAUGCAAAACGUCCUGAAGGAGGCCGAUCUGCCCACCGGCAACUCGCUCUUCAUGUUCGCCCAGAGCCUCGGCACGGUCAUCGCGCUGCCCAUCGCCCAGUCCAUCUUCCUGGAAACACUGGACGAUAAGCUCGAUGCCCGUCUGUCAGAUGAUCAGGCAUCCCGAAUUACAGAUCUCGGGGCGGCGAAUGUGGACGUUGACCACAUGGACGCCGAUCUGGUGCCGUUCGUCGCUGCGGCGUACGGGUAUGCAGUGCAGGCUGCGGUCUAUGUCGCGGUGGCAGCGGCAGCAUUGGCGUUCGUGACGGCGGGCUUGAUGGAGUGGAAGAAGUUGGACUUCAAGAAAAAGCCUGCUGGGUCUGCUGGGCAAUCUAACUCGGCUGAGAAGGCAACUGAGGCCCUACCAGGGGUUGAUAUGAGUGGGAGAGCCGUUCAGGAUUUUGAGAAAGUGUGA